AACAAAUAAUAGCAGCCUUAGACAUUCUUGAAAAGAAGACACUGACGGAAAUGAAAGAUACACUUAACAAAAUGCAAGCCUCUCAUAAAAGUGAUAUUGACAAAUGUGCCACUUUUUGUGAUGAACUAAAACAACUUAAAGAUGUCAUAGAGCACAUAAGCGAUAAAAGCAAGCUGGAACUAUCUUUAUCUAACUAACUAGCAUUAAAUGCGUAGACAAAAUACAGUUGUUUGAAAAAUAUCAGACGUAUACUAACUUUGUUCAAGUAAAAUCUUCAAUUACUUUUCUACCCAAUAGAGACAUUGUGCAGUAUCUUUCCACAUUGUCAGGUCUUUGGAGAAUUGAAGACAGUACGCAGACAGCGACAGUUCUGGAAAUUUCAGACCAAGUAAUGAAGAUGGAGGGAAAGUCUGAGUAUGACGUUAAAGGCGAAUAUUGCAGUAUCAGAGACAUACUUGUUCUCCCUGAUGGACAGGUCCUGCUUGCAGACAAAGGUAAUGAAACUGUCAAGCUGUUGAACCAGCAGUUCAAGUUGGUUAGAUCCUGUAAAGUAUCUGGUGAGCCAUGGGGCAUGUGCCAGAUCACACCCAGUGAGGUUGGUGUUACUGUUGGUUCAGAGGUCCAGUUUAUAAAAAUCAACAACAGCAAUCUUGAGACAGACAGAAAGCUUAAGUUACAACAUAAAUGUUUCAGUAUUUCCCACCACCAGGGUGCAUUGUUUGUCACCUCUGGAACUGCAUUGUACAAGUACUCAAAGAGUGGUAAACUAUUCAACAAACUGCAUGAAGUUAAUUGUGUGACAGUUUUUAAACCAGUUUGGCAAUCACUGAGUUUAGCUGUGAGUCUGACAGGUGACAAGUUGUACAUCGCAGACCCUUUCAAUGACAAUCUCCUCACCCUGACCAUGGAUGGAUCAGUCCUUGCCACCUUCAAGGACCCUGAAUUACAAUGCCCAAUAUAUGUUUAUGUGACAGGGAGGGCAGUAGGAAGCUUGCCACUCUGGCUCCAGUAUGGGAUGGGCUUCAGGACCCAUGGUCAGUCUGCUACAACAGCAGCACUGCCUCCAUUAUUGUGGGACAAGACAACAAGAUCCUGGUGUACAAAGUGAAAUAGCUUAUUAUUGUCAUCCCUGAUAUGUGUUAUUACAAGUGAUAAAAAAUACUAUCAUAUAAUAGCUGUUAGUUUAAUAAUGCUGUGUUACAUUGCAACAAUUGUUUUUGAAAUGUGAAGUUAUAUGUGACAAUAAUAACAAUAG